CGCCGCUGAUUGGUGGAGCCUCGGCAGGCGGAAGUCGAAGGCGCUUGGGGAUUCCCCGCGAGGGAAGUUCCAGCUCAUUGUAAAACAUACAAAAUGUUCAUUUGUACGAAAUAGUUCAUUUCCUCCCGUUAAACGCGUAAAUAUACGUGUGGCACCGUCGCGAUGUCCAAACUGCGUUUAAGUGUAUGUGUUUGGGCUGUCUCGGAGUGAAGCUGUUACUGACAGGUCCUGUUGCUGAUCUCACUCCUCUGAGUUAAAGAAGGGGUUUGUGUGUGCCUGGGACGAGGGCCCGGGACCACCCGUUCGGAAUGUUACUGAAGGCCCCGGAAUGGACAGGAACAUCAGUGAGCAGCUCAACAAAGCCUUCGAAGCGUACCGUAAUGCGUCUAUUGAAAAAGAGUUGGCCAGAAAGGAACUUCAGCAUAAGACCGAGCAGUAUCAACGGCACACUCAGCAGCUGGAGAGACAGAUAGAGGAGCAGGCCAAGACCAUCUUAAAUCUCAAAGCUGAGCUCGGCUCGCUCCGUAAACAUGCACCAGAGGAGGUCUGUGAGCCUGCGUACAGAAAACAGGAAGUAGAAACCUUGUCACCUAGCGAUCAUCGCUCUGACAACCCGUCCAGUUCCCACAGGACUAACCAUUUCCUGAUAAACGAACCCACAGAGUAUUCUGGGAUUCUUCCUCGUACAAAAUCUGCUCCCUGCGCAAUGAAGAGUGAGAAUUUUCUGGACACUUGGCAGGAAAUCCAGGGGACUUUCCAGAGGAUUCAGACUCUAACCAGAAGGCAGAAAGAUCACCUGAAGAGAAUACACAAAGGAAACGAGACCUCUAAUGUGCAGUUUUCCAUGCCCAUCCAGUGCACCGACGACACGGCGGAACAAGCCGAGGUGCCCUUUUCCUCAGCGCUAAGGCCAGAGGUCAGCGAAUCUUCGACCUCCGCGUCCCUCGCAUCACGCGGCGCCGUUCCAGACGACGCCAUUUUCGAUUCCCUAAGAGGCCUGAGUGUGAAGUUUCCCCCAAACACAGACGACGAGUACGACUUUCUCAACAGUACACCGGAUAAACGGGUGGACCUGCCUCUGCACAGGCUGGACAUGGGAGACCAAAUGCACACAAUGAGGGAGGAGUCUUAUUCGUCAUACUCCGCCCCCUGUUCGUCAGCUCACACAUCUGCAUCUUCUGCGUCGCACGAAAAUGUACGAGGACCCCAACAGCUUUUUUGGACUCCAGACCUCCCGGACUUGUCGGCCCAGGCGUCGGGGACAGACGCUCAGCAGAUGAACAGCCGAGAGAAGUGUGCCUUUUGCAAGGAUGAUGUACCCCCAAAUCACAUGUAUAGCCACCUCAAUUCACACUUCAAGAACAAAGCUGGCGAUUGACACACGCGGGCAAGGGGUCGCCCGCCGGACUGAAACGGGCUUUAUUCGUGGCUUUGUUAAGUAGCACGGCACCCGUCUGAACACAUUUGCUCACGUCCGUCAGUGACACGAUGAAGAGAGCGGAACCUUACUCUGUCGUUUAUUUAAUUAGGAGAACUUUAAACGGUUCAUUUUAGAAUGGUUAUGUCUUAAUUAAUCUUUUUAGCUGCAUUUUAGUUGGAGGCAUUCCGAUGACUGGCAGUUUAACUGUAGAAUACUUCCUUUUUAAAGUCAUUUGAUUUGAUAUGGCAACAUCAAAGAUAUCCUCAUCUCAGAGGGUGAGUUGUAAAUGCUGUUUAUCUGAGCUCAGAGAAUUAAACGUCUCACCGGUGUACUUUUAUCCGAAUGCAUCCCAAACUAAAGAACAAGCUCUUAUCUGUGCUAUGCAUAUAUCAAAAUAAAAACAAAAUAUCAAUUUCUGGGGCUACUUCAUAGUGGUACAAAUGUCAGGCAGUCCCAAGCCUUUUACGUAUAUGAAUAUAUAACAUUUGGGAAUGUAUUCACCCUGUUUCAGGCAUAUAAGAACCCAUCACGGUAAUUAUGUGAUACACAAAUGCUUGUUUUCUCUAGCAAUGGUUUUGUUUGUUGGUUUCUUAAAUUAGAGUAAUUUUUGUGCAUCCUUUCCUCCGAGCUAAAUUCCAAUAUCACAUUUUUGUAAUAUCUUUUUUUAAAGUGAACACAAUAAAACUACACUGACAUACAUUAAGAGAAGAGUGACUAAUUUGACCAGAAAGCUUGAAUUGUGUCCUCAGGACAAGAGCUUGUUUCUUAAAUGUCAGGUCGGGGCGAGUUGUCGCAUUUUUAGCUACACUUUUAUUCGGAAAAAUGUUCUAUUGAAAUGUUGUGGAAGUAAUAACUCCUAAUUGCUUUAAUUUGAUAACUUAAUUUUAAUGUGUACCACCUGUAUGAGGGAAUCUGUUCUUAAUGAGAAAUAAUUCCAAGAUAAUCAUCUCAACGAUAAACACCAUCUGGUUUACGAAAGCACUUCUGCACAGGUAUUUCAGGUUAAUUAAAACUUCAUUUCUACACUGAGAAUCCAAUACAAGCUCAAUUUGUGAUUACAUGCACAAUUAUCUUAUGAUUUAUACUGCAUUACUUUGUGGCCUGCUUGCUAUUAAGCCUGAUCAGGGCUCUGUGGUUCAUCCACAUGAAUGAACUGACGCUGAGAAAUACUAACCGAACGUUUUCUAGCUCACAGACUGUGAAUUAGCUGCUCGGAUACCAAAACAGUCUUCCAUUUGGUUUUCGUACGAUCGCAUUAUACCUCUAAACUGCACUGUGCUCUGGUGUGUACAGAUGUGCUUGUGUUUUUAUUGGAAUAUCUUAAACCAUGUCCUUGAUGCUGCAUUGGACUGUGUGUGUGGAUAAUUAGCAGCGUCGUAAACAAACGUAAUCAUUUUCAGUAAUUCCAGUGACGACGUGUUGAGCAGAUAGUCAAAUGUGUGUAAUGGCACACGUGUGUGCAGUGAAGACCUCGCAGCGCCCAGGAUUACAGCCUGCUAACAUACGCGCACACACACACACCCCAUAGAUGAGCUGGUGUGAAGAAGAGGAGCUGGUUUUUGUGGUUGUUUUUCACACUGGCAGACUGGCGCUGCACAUGGGGACUUUUGCAAUGUUUCGCUGAUUUGCUGAAGAAAAGAUCCCCUAAAAAUAUUGAUUUAAGGGAUAAUGUACAACCAGCCGGUCAUUAUCGCAAAAUAAACACUGAUAGGGUUAUUCAGCAACACAAAGCGGGCGUUUAUUUUGCGAUAAUGACCAGCUUACUGUGUGUAAUCCUGGUUAUAGGGCUGUUCCGUUUGUGGUUUUAAAACCUGAAAGAGAAUCAGCAUUUUCAAGUCAUAGCUUCCCUCUGGAGUUUCCUAUCGGGUGCUGGUUAGCGAGUCUGUGGUGCAACAAAUUAUACACAGUCAUAUGUGAAUUUUUAAGCCAUUAUGUAAUGUAACUUUUUAACAAGCUUCUACAUGAGGACUACAACAAACGAAAUUGAAUUUGCAUGCUUGGCAAAUCUGAAAACUCCUUGUUUAGCAACUUUAAUUUUAAAGUCUAUUCUGAAAACCCAUUGGAAAUUCCCUUGGGAGCCCAUGAUGACUGAUCCGUGUCAACCUACAAACUGAUGUCAUGACUGAACAGCUCUAUUUACUGCUACUUACCAAAUAAAUAACUUGAAAUAUCAAUUGA